CCAUUACUUGCCUGAGAAAUAUAUUGUCGCUAGCAGCCUCAGGGAUGGGGCUUUGAGAAUAAGAGUCGCAGUCCGAAAGCUUACUACCGCUGCACCACUCAAUCACUCAACCUUUGAAGGACGGGCUCGGAUUUAUCAAUAUCUCCAAUCUUUGGCCUAGGAAAUCACCCCAUCUUAUACUCAUUCCUCACUUUAAAACCCAUCUCCUUGUGUCUAGAAUUCUUGCGACCUAGUCUCUGUGUUCAUCAGUCGGUAAGCUGAGUCUAUCACUUCUCGGACUCUAUCAGAAUAUCGGGAUAGACCAUCACCACUAUUUUUAGCCUUCAGCACCGCUGACUGCUGUUCAAGGACACCAAAGCUGAGCUUCAUAGAAUCAGUUUUUCGAUCUCAAGAAAAGUUUCCGAUUAGAUUUUUCAAAUCUACAAGUGUACUCUUCACUUCCCCUGGCCAUGGCGCAAAACGGAACCACGUAUAUAGACCCGCGGGUCAACCCAGAAUCCACCAAGUCGUUCCCCCGGAUUCUCUGCUUGCACGGCGGCGGCACCACGGCCGAGAUAUUCCGCGCCCAAUGCCGCUGCUUAAUCCCUCCGCUCAACCAGCAUUUCCGACUCGUCUUCGCAGACGGACCCUUCAUCUGCGGCGCGGGCCCGGGGAUCCACCCCGUGUACACCUCCUUCGGCCCCCAAUUCCGCCGGUGGCUCGGCUGGCUCGACUCGCACCCCACCGUCGACGACGAGAGCGCCGAGGAUGAAAUAGAGUACACCCUCAAGACGGCGAUUGAGGAGGAUGACCGCCUCGGCGGCACGGGGCCGUGGGUGGGCAUCCUCGGAUUCAGCCAAGGCGCGAAGAUCGCGGCGAGCCUGCUGUUCGACCGGCAGGUGGGCAAGGCGAAGGGGAUCCCAGACCCGUACGGCGGAGAUUGGAAGUUCGCCGUGAUCAUGGCAGGGCGGGGGCCGAUCGUGCGGCUCACGAAGGCCACGAGGGGGAUCGAGGGACUGCAAUCGGCCGGGAAGCACGACGAUGGGAAGGACGUGGAGCUCAAGGGUGAUGCGCAUGUGUUGAAGAUGCCGACGAUCCAUGUGCAUGGGGUGGCUGACGCGGGGAUCGCGCUCCAUAGGAGACUGCUGCAGAAGUACUGCGCACCGGGGACGACGACGUUGAUUGAGUGGAACGGCGAUCACAGAAUCCCGAUCAAGACUCUGGACGUGGAGGUGGUGACCAGGGCCAUUUUCGACGUUGCGCGUAAAGAAGGGGUUAUCGAGUGAGGGAGAGCGACAGGGCUAUCAUCAGCAUCAUACUUUCGACUGUUAUGGAAGAACUGGCAUUUUAUAUAGCGUUCAACAGAGCUUAGAUAUCACCAGCGUCUGAUCUAGGAGAUACAAUAGAGUCUAUUCC